UCCUCCCGUUAUUCGCGCAAGCUAGCCCUACUUGCAGCAGUGCGGCGUCUGUCACUGUCUGUGUUAGCGGAGAAACAUGGGCGAAGCAGAGAUAGUGCCAUCGGACGAAAAGCAAGCUGAAAUCUGUACCCCUGAUGAAUCAAUUGUAUGGAGUCAAGAGGUUGAAGUGUGUCUUUUUCACGCCAUGUUGGGUCAUAAACCUGUAGGGGUGAAUCGUCAUUUUCACAUGAUCUGUAUUCGUGAUAAAUUCAGUCAGAAUAUCGGCAGACAGGUGUCAUCUAAAGUCAUCUGGGAUCAUCUCAGCACCAUGUAUGACAUGCAGGCACUGCACGAAUCAGAAAUACUCCCCUUUCCCAACUCAGAAAAAAGCUUUGUGCUGCCCGAAGAGAUCAUACAAGAUGUUAAAGAAGGUAAAGUGGCAUCUGAAGAUGAUGCAAAGGAAGACAUCAAAGAGGAGAGCGACCCUCCCACCACGCACGAAGAAGGCAGCAAUUCCUCCGUGAAGACGUCGGAGAGAUCGGGCAGCGGGCGCGAGAAAGAGCGGGCCGAGAGGGGGGGCUCAGGUGAGACGGGCAGCGGGUCGUCAAAAGAAACAGUCGGGGAAAAGAGGAAGAGGAGCCGAGCCGUGGAGAAGGUGAUGAACUCCAGCAACCCCUCCAGUCCGGGAGGAGCCAAGCGCCGCAGGACGUAGCAACAGCGGGACGUUUUGGGAAACCAGACGUUUGAAUGGACUGACUGAUCCGAAGGGUUGAGAGAGAUUUGUAGCCAAUGUUGGUCAUAGUAGAGCCAAUGUAAAAGUGAAAGUGACAUGAAAGAAAUGUGGGAUGCUCGUGUGCGUUAUCUGCAGUCCAGGGUUUCAAAGGUGCUCCUGUGCUUUAUUCUCAGCUGUUCAUGAGAAGGCAGCAUUGAGAAAGAAAAGCCUUUGGUGGGUGUGAAGGGUCAGACUAGACCGGACAAGUACUGUAUGAUAAGCAACGUUAAGCUAUCCUCAGCUGAGAUUGAAAACAAAACAGAGCUGGGGCAUGUUAUGUAUUUUAUUUUGGGAGGACAUUUUAAGUGGUGGUUUUAUUUUUGUCAUGGACCUCUUGGGUUAAUCCAGAGAAUUAACCAGUUUGUUUUGUGAUUUUAGGAUUACACGGCAGUCUAAAUGAUCUUUUGUGUCUUGUGUUAUUAUAUGUAUGAAACAACACAUGAUUCUGUUACUAAAUGGCCACUGUUCAGAUGCUUAGAAAAUUGUUUCUGAGUCAUGGCUGUUUGAGAUAUUUGACCGAAUGUGUACACACACAUCUGGUGUAAUUCCCUAAUAAAAAAGCGUUGUUCUGCUUUGA